AUGAGGCAAUGGACAGCGUGAAAAAUGUAAACAGAGAAAAAAUCAUAUGUUAAAAAAUGAGUUAGCGUUGUAUGUUUACAUCCACUGAUAAAAAAUACAUCUUUUAAUAGUUACAUUGAGUUCAAGUGUAAUGUGUUGUAAAUUUACUUUCAAAUUAUUUUAACCAAGCAAGAGACAGAGGCUUGUCUCAAAUUAUUUUAGUAACAGACAGAAAUGACAUUGAGUUGAUAGCAGAUUAUGGCUUCUGAUUCCUCAAGGAGGCCUUCCAAGAGAAAGUCUACAGCUCCAGGCGAUGCUGACAGUUCAUCAGCUAAACAAGUAAGGAAGUGUGAACGUACAGGAUGUCCGGCUAAAGCUCCAAUAUGCUUUGCUUCAUCUUCAGAAAGAUGUGUUGGGAAUGGUUAUACGUCACGAUGGUAUCACAUGUCACAGUCAGAACAUUACUGUAAUGAAUGCUUUGAUCACCACUACAGAAGCCACAAGGAUGGAUAUGCUGUGUUUGCUCUAUGGAAAAGAAAAUGGAGUACGUACGGGACGACAGACCCUAAUAUAAAGGCCUUCAUGAUGGAUACGAUGUUACCGUACUGGGCUCAGUGUACACAGUGUCAGAAAUGGCGACAGAUGUCUAAAGAUUCUAACAUUUCACCUGACUUCCUUAAAAAAUAUGUUUGUGGCAUGUCUACCAGUGGUAUUACGAAAUCCAGCCAGACAAAUUCCUGUGACAGUCCAGAGGAUUAUAGAGUAGAGUAUACCAAGGAUUAUAAUUGGAUUACACAGUUGAUAGCACCACCAUACUUAAAGAACUCCCCAGCUUUCCCGUUCCUGUCGUCUUAUUUCCCUGAUUGUGUUGGAAUGUGUGCCAUUGACAUGGAAGUCUUCAGCCAAUCUAAAUCUCCAGAUAUGCCAGCCUAUUUAUCUCCCUUUGUAACCAGUGACCAGUCUGAACCAGCUAGAUGUUUUCAGCCUGGAGCUAUGGAUGAAUUAGAACAAGCAGAAUUCCCUGAGUUUGAUAAAAUUCCCACACUUUAUUUAGCUAUCAGAAAUAUUUGUGUGACGUUGUGGAACUUGAAUCCAAAGAAAUGGUUAUCACUUGAUAGAUGUGGGCCGUUUAUCAUUUGCCGUGGGAUGACACGUAUCUGGUGUAUAAAUAGCCUAAGUAAUGUAUUAUGGCACCUGACAAGACGAGGCCUCAUCAACUUUGGACUGUUGUCAUUACCCAAGGAAAUAGACUUCAUGCCAAAAGAUAUACUACCUCAGGACAAUCAUGUGUUAAUUAUAGGAGCUGGAGUUUCUGGUCUGUCAGCCGCACACCAACUUAAUCAAUUUGGUUUAAAGACAACAAUAUUAGAAGCUAAGGACAGAAUUGGGGGCAGAAUCCAUGACGACUGUUCCUUAGGUUUGACUGUAGGAAAAGGAGCUCAGAUCAUCAAUGGUUGUGAUAAUAAUCCACUGAUUGUACUCAGUCAUCAGACUGGUGUUCAUAUCAAGGAGUUGAGUGAAAAGUGUUGUCUUCUACAGAAAGGAGGAGAAAAAGUGGACGAAAAAACCGACAGUCAGAUGGAUUUUCAUUUCAAUGCUAUUCUAGACAUUAUUGCAGACUGGCGUCGAAACAAAGAAAUUCUACAAGAUUUAAAUCUAAUGGAUAAAUUUCAUGAGACACACCAACACUUCAUGGAUGAGUCGCAAUUAACUUUCACAAAACAACAAGAAACUUUACUUAACUUUCAUUUUGGAAAUCUAGAAUAUGCUUGUGGUACGAGUUUAUCCAAUAUAUCAUCUAUGAACUGGGAUCAAAAUGAAGAUUACCCACAAUUCUCAGGAAGGAAUGUUUUAAUGGCAGAUGGAUUUUCCACCAUUUUGGAUAAGAUAACAGAAAAUUUAGACAUUGUUUACAACACAGAGAUCUCAUCAAUAGAAUACAGUGAUAAAGUAGUAGUAAAAUCAUCAGAUGGACAAAGCUGGACAGGAGAUAAGGUCAUUGUGACCCUGCCUUUAGCAGUAUUGAAGAAUGGAACAGUCCAGUUUACUCCUUCUCUACCACAGAAUAAAGUUACGGCUAUUCAACAAUUAGGUGUAGGAUAUAUGGAAAAGGUAGUUCUACAGUUUAAAGAAAGAUUUUGGUCAGAUAAAAGUUCUCCUUCAGAGGUCUUUGGAAGAGUAGAAACUGAAUUCAGUCGUAGAGGAUUGUUUGGAGUAUUUCAUGAUCUAUCCAAAGAAAAUGCUAGUGGUAAAAGUUGUUAUAUCUUAUCAACACAUAUAUGUGGAGAUAGUGUAGAAAUUCUUAAACAGAAAUCAGACGAAGAAAUAAUAGCAAUGUGUAUAGAAACUCUCUCAGAACUCUUCCCUAAGAAGAAAGUUCCAAAGCCACAGAAGUACUUAGUAACCAGAUGGUACCAGGACAAACAUAUACAGAUGGCUUAUAGCCACAUCCCUGUAGGAGUUAGCGGAGAUCUGUAUGAUGAUCUAGCCGCAGACGUUCAAGGCAAAAUCUACUUUGCUGGAGAAGCUACGAAUCGUCAGCAUCCUCAAUCUGUUACCGGGGCAUAUAUCAGUGGUAUGAGGGAAGCAGAAAAAGUGUUCACAUCAAUGGCAAUCAGUUGAUGUUUUAAGACGUUAGGAAGAAUUGUUUUUGUUGGAAUUCUUUUGAUUAUUAUGAGUAUUAAUUAUAAGAAAUUAUCUGUCUUUAACCUAUAGAAUAACUUUAAUUGGCUUUGCUCAUUGUUGAAAGCCCUACAGCGACCUAUAGUUUCUUUGUCAUUUGGUCACUUGUGAAGUGUUGUGUCACUUGCAAUCAUUCCACAUCUUUUUUUUUUAUAAUAAGAAAACUCCUGUUUUAAAAAAUUUCUAUCGUUUAACAAAAACAUAUAUAUAUAUCUUUUUUGAUGAAAUACCAAUUAACAUGUUUAAAGCAGUUUCUGUAAUAAUAUUACGCUAAUGUUACCAAUAUUUUGGUGCACCUUUUAUAUAAGUAGAUGUUUAUCCUUUUUAAAGUUUUAUAGAACAGGACUGACAUAUAUCAAUCAGCAAAAUCCCUCCACAUCAAUCUGAAGUCUUUAUUAAUUUACUUAUAUUGAAUUUAAGUUAGGGUGUGUAUUCAUUAAAAUGUAUGUGGGAGGCCAGCAAGGGAUUUUGAAAAAAAUUGUACAAUCAAGAACAAGUUUUUAGAUAGUUUUGCAUGAUGGGAAUAAAUGCAUGCUGAAAAAAGACACAUGACCCAUAUUCAAUUAAAUAGCUUCCCUGCCUACUUUCCCAUAUUUCAAUGGAAUAGCUCUUUUAUGUAUGUAUCAACAAAACAGAAAAAGAUUGUGAUUUCGUGGAGUAUCAUAAAUUGAAGAUGGAGGAUCAUUUGGGUUCUUUUUCUAAUUUAAUAACUAUGUUAGGUUGCUGUCAUAUUAUAGUAGAACCUGCAUUGAUUAUUAUUGAUACAAGUUUGUAGUUUAGUAUUAGGUUCAUUGUAUGAUUAAAAAUGUUAAGUAUACUUAUAAGUACCAAAAAAUGUAGACCAUUAAAUUUUUUUUUUAGAUUUAUGGUCUGAUAGUAAAGAGAUAUAAUUUUUUGAAUGAAAUUGAUAUACAGUACAUAGUUGAUUUGAAUUUUAUAAAAUUAUUUAGAUUUUUACAAUAUUUUUCUUGAAUGAAUUUUUGAAUAUUAUUAUUCUUUUAUUGUUUACAAGUAGAUUUAGUAUUGGUUAUUUUUGAUAUAUUUACAAAAUUUUAAUAAAUAGGCUACUCAAAAUAAAUAAUUUAUUUCUUCAAACCGUUUGAAAUCAUCUACUCCUAUGGAUUGUAAUGCUAUGCAACGACCAUGGUGUUCAUUAUGUUUUCUGAUAUGCUGGUCUAUCUGUCUAUCUGUCGGUCCAUAUAUAGGUUUCACAGUAUAUGACUUUAAAAAAAAUUACAAAGAAAUGACAUCAGAAACAGAUAACUUAUAUUGAAUGACCUAUUACACUUUUUGAAUUUUGUCAUUUGAUAAUUAUAUAUUAUUUAUAUUAACUUAUUUAAAUACAUAGGCCACAGAUUUUCAUAUUUUAUUCCAUAAAGUGUUAUAUUAAAGAACAAUUUAUUAUUUUUAAACUUUCAAUUUAUUCCACCUUGGUUCAGGAGGUGUACUUUUUGUUUGUAUCUAAAACUUGACAUGCACUGUUUUAAAAUUGGGAUCCGAGUUGCUAAAUGAAAUACGGUAGGAGGGAGAGUCAUCCUGAAUUCUUGUAAAAAGGGGUGUGAAUUCAAACGAAAAAUUAAUGACUUAUUUUAAUUUUAUCUGUAACUUAUUUGAAGUUAUUGUUUCACGUCAUUACUGCUAAUAUUGAUUAUAAUUAAACAGAAAGGACAGACAUUUAACUUUAUUACAGCCUUGAGUGUGUAGGUAAAUGUAGAAUCUUUGGUUAGCUUGCUUGUUAGCUGAACUGUGAAGUCAUUAUUAGGUUAUGUUUACUAAUCUGUCAGAAUAGUUUACUCAUAAAGGAGGGUAGUUUACAUAACAUAAUAAUAUCAUGUCUCAUAUCAUAUCUUUGUAUUAGUUUGGUUUUUGAUUUGUCAUGUUAAAAAAAUAUUGGAUUUAUUCCUAGCAGAUUUAUACUUUACUUGAGGUAAGUAUGAAAAUUUGUAUGUCUCUUCUCACACAUAAUGGUGUUUCAACAACAAUGGGAAGAGGUUCUUUUAUAACUGCCAAUAUCCUUACUUUAGUAUAAAAUCUUACAGUUGUGAAUCUUUUUAUCAUGAAAUGUAGAUAUUUAGAAUAUACUAAUAUUUUGUCUUUAAUAUAAUAUGAUGAAACCUGUAGAUAUAUUUUUACAUAAUUCCUAUUCGUAAAUAAAAGUGAAUGCUCAAGCAAAAUAUUGUUAAAUAGAAUGAAUUAGUAAGGGCAUUAUUAUACAGUUUAUUUAGUAAGAGUUUGAAGGUUACAUGAGUUUGAUAAAUACUAUUGAAAUUCUUUAUAUAAUGUGGUAUGAUUGUCAAGUAGAGAACUGUCAAACAGUCUCCAAAUGAAUCGGAUUUUAGUAUUACUUCAAUAUUGAUCUUUUUCCCUUAAAUUAUUCAAGAAAAUAGUAUCUUAUGUAGUUUCCAUGCAAUACAUUCUUUAACCUUUGAUUUUCAAAUUUUAAGUUCAUGUUAAUACUGAUUACAAAAUGAAGUCAAGUCUGUUCAGGAACAGAUUUGUCCAUUGUUGCUUUCACUUUAACAUUAAUAAGUGUUUUAAAAUUCUUGUUUGCUGUAAUUUUGAAAGCCUCUCACAUAAAUUAAAAAAAAAAAAUUUAAUCUAAUUAAAAUUAAAUCCUCAAAUUUCUCCCUUUCCAGUAUGUCGUCAUCAAGACUUGA